UCUGACAGCGCUACGAGGUCCCGACUGGUCAUCGCCAACCCUGAAGACUCGCAGAAGACCUGCAGCCAGCGCCGCCAGCCAUGGCCACCGCGCUGUUCUCUCAAGUGCACCAGAACUACCACCCCCAGUGCGAGUCCGCAGUCAACAACCUGAUCAACCUAGAGCUCCAUGCCUCCUACGUGUACCUGUCGAUGGCUUUCUAUUUCAAGCGUGAGGACGUGGCUCUGGAGAACUUCGCUGAGUUCUUCCUGCGCCAGUCCCACGAGAAGAAGGAGCAAGCCCAGAAGCUGAUGGAGCUCCAGAACCAGCGCGGGGGUCGCAUCCGCUUCCACGACAUCAGGAAGCCUGACCGCGACGACUGGGAGAGCGGCCUGAAUGCCAUGGAGUACGCCUUUCACCUGGAGAAGGCCAUGAACCAGAGCCUGCUCGACCUGCACCAGCUGGCCACCCUCAAGAAGGACGCCCACCUGUGUAGUUUCCUGGAGAGCAACUACCUGCACGAGCAAGUCAAGGCCAUCAGCAAGCUGAGCGACUACGUGACCAACCUGUGCAAGAUGGGGACCCUGGAAAUCAGCUUGGCAGACUCCCUAUUUGACAAGCUCAGCCUGGGCAACAGCGACAAGAACUGAGUUGGGACUGUUUCCCCAUAGGCACAGGGUGCACGGUGACUUCCCCUGGUCACCAUGCCGAGCAUGCAGUUUGCAGUAGUGCCUUUGCAGAACGUUCCAGUUUUCUUCCAGUUUUGCCAUAAAGAAGUGAA